AUGGUCCUUGAGGGCUUCCAGUCUGGAAGAGUUUUAGUUAAUCUCUCUGCUGACUUUCAGGAAUUCCUAAGCACGGCAGGGAAGCCCAAGCUUCACUACUUCAAUGGAAGAGGCAGAAUGGAAACAAUCUGGUGGCUCUUGGCCGCAGCAGGGGUAGAAUUUGAAGAAGCACUUUUUGAAACACGUGAAGAAUUUGAGAAAUUAAUCCAAGGUGGAAACUUGAUGUAUGAACGAGUGCCCAUGGUCGAAAUGGAUGGAAUUAAUUUGGUAGAAACCAGAGCCAUCCUAAGAUACAUAGCCGCAAAAUAUGACUUGUAUGGAAGAAACCUGAAGGAACAAGCCUGGAUUGACAUGUAUGUAGAAGGCUUGAGGGACCUGAGUGACAUGAUUAUAUUCUUCCCACUCUCUCUGCCUGAAAAGAAGGAGAGGAAUCUUGAAUACAUCCUCGGAAGAGCUACUACAAGAUCCUCCCCUGUCUAUGAGAAGGCACAAAGAGACCACGGGCAAGAUUUUCUUGUGGGCAGUCGGCUGAGCUGGGCUGAUACACAGCUGCUUGAAGUCAUCUUGAUGACAGAAGAGUGCAUGGGCCGGCCCAAGUGCAAACCCAGUGUCCUCCCAGGCUUCCCUCUGCUACAGGAAUUCAAGGCCAGAAUCAGCCAUAUUCCCACAAUUACCAAAUUCCUCCAGCCUGGAAGCCAGAGGAAGCCUCCACUAAAUGAAGACUCCAUUGAGACCAUGAAGAGUAUUUUCAGAUUUGAACGUGGCAUGUUUCUUAAAAACAUGGGCACUAUAGCAGCUGAGUAUUAACAAAUGAAGAGAUCUAAAGAAC